AAUUCCACGACAGAACGGUACAAAUGAGGCAUAGAUCUUUAAAUAGAUAUACAAUACAACUGCCCAAACGGUCAUCUUCAAGUUAACGAACGAAAAUACACGCACAAAAAUUGAUUAAAGAUGAUGAAAUGAAAGGUGCACGAGGAAGAACAUCUACGGUUUACACUCAGUUACUUAACUGUCAAAAAAAUGUGCUAGCCACUUAGGAUGCCACGUUCUUAGCCUGCAAAGACUGUUCACUCCUUUUAAACCCUCGUAAUCUCUCCACUAUCAGAUAACUACUAAGAAGGAAAGUUAAAGUUGUAGUGUGUUGAACAUGCCAGGCCUCACAAUUGGAGAUAUCUGUCCCAACCUUGAUGUUGAAACUGCACAAGGAAAGAUGAAGAUCCAUGACUACAUCGGCAAUGGCUGGGUUCUUCUCUUCUCUCAUCCGGAUUGGUUCUUUUUGUCUUUUGGUGAUUUCACUCCAGUGUGCACAACUGAACUUGCUAAAAUGGCCUAAUACAUCCCGGAGUUUGAAAACAGAGGGGUGAAGCUUCUGGGUUUAUCUUGUGACGAUGUGUAGUCCCAUAGUGACUGGACCGAGGACAUUGAAGCCUAUGUUCCUGGAUGCAAGGUGACGUAACCGAACAUUGAAGAUCCCAAACAAGAGAUCAUCAAGCAACUGAACAUGGUAGACCCAGAUGAGAAAGACUCAAAAGGACAACAUAUGCCAUCUCGAGCCCUUCAUAUCGUAGGCCCCGACAAGAGGAUUAAGCUGAGCUUUCUUUACCCUGCAACGACGGGGCGGAACAUGGAUGAAGUGUUGAGAGCGAUAGACUCUCUGCAGUUGGGAACAAAGCACAAGAUUGCAACACCUGCUAACUGGAAGCCGGGAGAACCUGUGGUGAUUUCUCCCAGUGUGACGAAUGAGCAAGCAAAAGAAAAGUUCCCCAAAGGUUACAAGACUCUGGAACUUCCAUCCAAAAAGGAUUACUUACGUUUGGUUAAUGUCUGAGUGACUGAAAAGCUGUGCUGUAGAAAUCCUUUCCUUUAAAUGCUAUGUAUCAACUGUUAGUAAUUACUGUAUGCUAGUAUUAGUUUGGGCAUUUUGGGUAGAUUUUCCAGGCCUUCAAGAUUAGUGUAUCUUUAAAUUCAUGGGGCCAGUUGAGCACUGCAUUUUCACAAGUAAUAUUACUCCAUGGAACAAAUUAAUGCAUGAGCGAAAAGAGGCGAGAAUUUUGAAGUUACAUAUACAAAACCCAUCAUAGAACGGUUGGUUAAGGUGACAGUCAGGUUUGACUCUAAACUGACUCUGCACUCAGGUUAGUGGUCAGUUUUUGGUUUAUUGAUUUAGUGGUCACUUUUGGUCAAGUGGGAUUGCUCAGGUUAUCUUAUUUUGGUGUUCCUUUUUAACCCAAAAGUGUGAUCGAAUUUGACCAAAUAGGGUUGCUUAGGCUCUCCCAAAAUGGGGUCGACUUGGUGGUCAGUGUUUUUGCUCGGGUUCCUCAAAUGCGGUUUUACCGGCUCGGUGGUAGGGUCUAAUAACUCGAUGGAUGGUCGGGCUCCAUUGCUCUUAUAAGUUGCAUGUAAUGGCUUGAUAGAUGUCACAUCAGCAUAACGGUGGCUAAUUGAUACUUUUCCACGUAAAGAACAGCUAACCAUCACUACUCCAACCUACACCAGACAAAGUGUUCGUAAAGCGAGCCACACAAGUGAACUUACAAGAUCAGAAAUGGGGCUUCUGCGGCAACAUUCCCAUCCGCUACCCGUUUGGCGUCGACGACGGCUGUGGCGCACCGCAGUACCGGCAUAUGCUUAACUGUAC